UACCGCCAGGGCACGGACUGCCUGCCCUGCGACGCGGCCUGCGCCACGUGCAACGGCCCGACCGACAAGGACUGCUGGCGGUGUGCCUCCGGUGUCCUGCAGGGCGAUGAUUGUGUGCAGGCCUGCGCGGCCAGGCAUGUGGCCGUGGAUAAUCACUGCCUGCCGUGCCACGCGUCCUGCGACCAGUGCACCGGGGUCCGAUCGACCGAGUGCACCGCCUGCCCCGGGGGACUGCUGGCCCUGCCGGCCGGGCAGUCGCCCACGCGCUGCGUGCCGGCCUGCCCGGCCGGGUACCACACCUCGGCGGCCGGCUGCCCGGAGUCGAACGCCACGUGCGCCCUGUGCGAGCCGGGCUGGCUGCUGGUUGUCCCGCCGGCGGCCGGGGAGCCGCACUGCGCCCCGGGGCCGGCCUGCCCGGAGGGGCACUUCCCCGACGGCCACACCUGCCGGCCGUGCGACGGGACCUGCGCCGCCUGCGCCGGGCCCGAGGCCGACCAGUGCACCGCCUGCCCCCCCGGGCCCGGGGGCCUGCUCCACAACAAUGCCUGUGUCGACCGGUGCCCGGGGCGCAGCGCGCACGACGGGUCCCGGUGCGUGCCCUGCCACGGGAGCUGCGCCGCGUGCGCCGGCCCGGGCUCGACCGCGUGCACGGCCUGCUCCGGGGCGCGCCUGCUCACCGGCUCCGGGCAGUGCCUCUUCGCCUGCCCGGAGGGGACCUUCCCUCGGGCCGGCGUCUGCCAGGCAUGCGAGGCCAUGUGCGCCACGUGCACCGGCCCCGGGGCGGCCGGGUGCACCGGGUGCCGGGCGCCGGACCUGCUCGGCCCGGCCGAGGCCCCGGGCUGCGUGGCGGCCUGCCCGGCCGGGUUCCUGGCCGACUGGCCGGCCGGCCGGUGCGUCGCCUGCCCGGCCGGGUGCGCCGAGUGCGUGGCCACCGCCGCCGGGGCCCGGUGCACGGCCUGCCAGCCGGGGCUCCUGCUGUCCGAGGGGGCGGCCCGGUGCGGGGCCGCCUGCCCGGCCGGCGAGUUCGCCCCGGCCGGGGCCACCGCCUGCCAGCCCUGCGACCGGACCUGCUCCACGUGCGCCGGCUCGGCCACCGGCUGCACCUCCUGCCCCCCGGCCAUGGGGCUGUGGCUGGAUCCGCGGGGGGCCGGGGCCCCGGGCGCCGGGCGCUGCGUGGCCUCCUGCCCGGCCGACCGGACCCUGGCCGUGGACCUGUCGGACGCCGGGGCCCCGGCCCCGGCCCGGUGCGCCGGCACCAUGGGCCCCGAGGGGGCCCCUUGCGUCCUGCGGCCGGACGGCCAGCUGGCCUGCCAGGUGGCCCCCGGCUGCCGGGUGUGCGCCGAGCCGCACAUCCGCCUGCCGGACCCCCACGGCGGGCCCGGGGUCCGGUGCGUCGCCGACUGCCCGGCCGGCUACCUGGCCGACUGGACCGGGGCCCAUGUCACCGACGGCAGCGGGCCCACCUGCGUGCCCUGCGCGCCCGGGUGCCACGCCUGCAGCGGCCCCUCGCCCGAGCACUGCCUGGAUGUCCCGGCUCGGGCCCCCGAUCGCCGCCUCG